GUGGAAGGCCUUCUACACAGAGGCAAGGAUCCCAGGCCCCAUCUUCAUCACAGACCCAAUCCUCAGCUCAGCCCCCACCAACACAUCAGCCUUACACUAUGGCCUCAUCCAACCAGGCAGUAGGGUCACAGCCACAAGCUCCAGCUCCACAGCCACAUGCUCCAGCUCCACAGCCACAAGCUCCAUGGUCACAGAACCCAAGUCAAUGGUACUCUUCAGACUUUAGGUACACAGUUAGAGGAGCUUCUUGGUUCUCUUCAAGCCAGCCAACACCACACACUCCUGGAGAAACAUGGGACAGUAGACCACAAUCAUCACAGCCUACAAGACCACCUGCUACCAGAGGAGCUGCUUUGAGAGGAAGGGGUGAUGCAGCUAGACCUCAGAAAUGUAGAACAAGAGGUGGAAAGGCCAGCUGUGGUGUGAGAGGCAGGGGCAGGGGCAGGGGCAGUAAAUGAAGACUAAGUCAAGACACUUUUGUUGAUAUAUAUUAGGGUUAUAUAGUGUUAGGGUUAGGCAGGGCAGACAAUGGCAAGUCACUUUUGUUGCUAUGUAUUAGGGUUAUGUAGUGUUAGGGUUAGGCAGGGCAGACAAUGACAGGUGCAAACACUUUUUGUAUUUUUGUAAGUUUUGUAAACA